UAUCUAUCUACCUUACCUCACCUAUCCAAAUCGUGGACCCUUUUCCGUCCACGAACAGCAUUCUCCCGUCCCAUACCGCCAUGAUCCAUUUCUCUUCCUAGCUCUUUCCCUCUCUUCCUCUAUGUGAGUGAAUGGAUGGAUCUUGCUCGUCCACAAUCGCCCCCCGAAAACAUGUCUCGUCGCUGGGCGCGAAAGGUUGAGCGUUGCUGCUGCACCUUCGCAACCUACAUCCCUCUAGUCUUCGUCUAUGGCUUGACCACUUGGGCCGUCUGGGUGGAUGUCACCAUAGGUUCUGCGCCCUCAAAAGCCUCUUGGCUCGGCUCCGCGUCGUCCUUCGGCGCCCUCCUCCUCUACGGCCUGCUCAACUGGUCUUACACCACCGCCGUCUUCACGAGCCCAGGGAGUACAACCAACGACAAUGGCUACAGCACACUACCGACCGAGGCGCCUCCCGCCGCCACCUCCUUCACCGUCAAGUCGAACGGCGAGUUACGAUUCUGCAAGAAGUGCCAGGCUAGGAAACCGGACCGCGCCCACCACUGUUCGACCUGCCGUCGCUGCGUACUGAAGAUGGACCACCACUGCCCUUGGCUGGCGACCUGCAUCGGCCUCAAGAACCACAAGGCCUUUCUGCUGUUCCUGAUUUACACAACACUUUUCUGCUUCUACAGCUUCUUCGUCGCCGGCAGCUGGGUCUACAUGGAGGUCAUUAACAACACGGCGUACGUCGAGACGCUGAUGCCCAUCAAUUAUGUCAUCCUCAGCGUUAUUGCUGGAAUCAUCGGCAUUGUUGUCGGCGCCUUCACUGGAUGGCACAUUCUGCUCGCGAGCCGUGGCCAGACGACGAUCGAGUGUUUGGAAAAGACGCGGUAUCUGUCGCCGCUGAAAAAGCAAAUGCAGCAUCAAUUCGUUGCCCAGCACAGUGGCGAGGGUAUCCCCCUACCUGCGUACGGGCAGCAGCUUUUAGACAUGCAUGCGAAUGCCCUCCCAGGCAUCACACGACCAGAGGAGGGCGAGGAAUACCGGAGUCAACCGGGCGGCUCGAGGCCGAUGCACGCCUCUUACGAAGAGUUGGAACGCGAUCGCGCAAAGAAGCGUUACGAAGAGUACCUCGAUGAGCAGGACUCUGAGAAGCUCCCAAACGCCUUCGACCUCGGCGCAAAACGCAACCUUCUGCACCUCUUCGGCCCCAAGCCCAUGUUGUGGUUUGUUCCCGUUUGCAAUACCACCGGCGACGGCUGGUCAUGGGAGCCCAGUCCCAAGUGGAUCACGGCUCGUGAGCGACUUGCCAGAGAGCGCGAGGAACAGCGCGCCCGCGAGAUCAACGCUGGCUGGGGAACCGAGGAGCCCCCGACCUUCAUGCGCGACGUGCCUACGAAGCCUGACGGGGCGGGCCGUCACUACCUCACCUCACCGCCUCCCAACGCCAACGGCGGGCGUAAAAUGCCCUCAAAGGCCGAUCGGGUGCUGGGACGCGACCCCAACCUGUAUGCAGACGGAUUCCAGGAGUCGAUGCCGAUGCGGAAGCUCAGCCCGCGUGGCCGCGCACUAGAGGAUGACCUUGAGGACAGCGACCUCGACAUGGAUGGCCCCGCGGCGGCGGAGCACCGAGCUUUGAACCUUGUUACUAACGGCGGUUGGGGACGUAGCGGCGCCAGUGGAGUGUUGAGGAAACACAGUCCGACGUCGCCGUCGUUUAGGGACCAACCGGAGAACGAUGACGACGUGGACUGAUAUAGAGGUACUUAAAAUGGAGGCAGCGCGCACGACACGAUGUGUUUAGAAAGGGAUAUCCAGAAGCAUAAUCUUGUCAGCAGGGUUUAAACCAAAGGGGCUAGGGCAUGGCUGCGGCGUCGAUUUGGAGUGUAUACGUAUAUCGGGCAUAUCUUUCUUAACAAUUGUGUAAAGGAAAUUCGAACACGGAAGGAUUAGAGCAUCCGAGAUGUGAUUUGGACGUUUGUUCCGUUUGACAAUGGUGUCGGAGCGCUGAGUUUUUAGUUAAGGUCAUCAUUUACCGAGUCAAAUCCUUGGAAGAUAGGUCGGUAGCAUCUGUCUGCCAGUCUUGAAUACUAGUUGCAGAGGCC